CUCGGCUUUGCAAGGGUUAAAAGGCACUGAUCUGCAUUCCUAGAGAGGACAGGCAAGACAGGAGGGGCAGGUCCUCCAUUGCAACACCCCCUCCCCCCCAUCGCUUCCUGCAAAGGGAGGCUGGUGGUUUUUGUCUGCGGAGCAAGUGCUGCCUCCGUGGCGUAUUCUGGGAUCUGGUGAGUCUGGGGGAGAAGGGACUGCAGGGUGGGUGUGCUGGGGGGGGGGCUGCUCAGCUAAUGCAUGUGCCCCCCCCCCAAGUCUGGGAGCAGAGGGUCCUGCCCUAGCCCUCCAUGAAAAGGCAGGGAGGGGACCUGUUUGCAGGAAGCCUGUCGCUCUAGUCUUCCUUAGGAUCCCUGGGCUGCUGCUUGCAACUUUGCGCGGGGGGGGGGUGUCUCUGCAUGCAGAGAAGACUGAUCAGGAUCCGCCGCAGGGACGAGCAGAGGCUGCAGCCGGACGGGGCGUGAAAUAUACGCAAAAGAUCAAAGGGAAACCUGAUCUGUGCAAUCCAUCAAGAAGGCAGGCGGAGAGGUGCAGGGCCGCCUCUGCCCGAGCUAUAAUUCCCAGAUUUCCCUGGAAUGAAGCACAAAUUCUUAGAUCCCCUUUUUUUGGGAGGGGCGGUUCUUAGCAACCCUCAGCAUCCUUAAAUGGGAGACCCUCUCCCACCAGCUCCCUCUGCCUGGGCUAUACAACAACAACAACAACAAUUUAUUAUUUAUACCCCACCCAUCUGGCUGGGUUUCCCCAGCCACUCUAGGCGGCUUCAAACAAAAUAUUAAAAUACAGUAAUGCAUCAAAUAUUAAAAGCUUCCCUAAACAGGGCUGCCUUCAGAUGUCUUCUAAAAGUCUGGUAGUAGUUGUUCUCUUGGACAUCUGGUGGGAGGGCGUUCCACAGGGCGGGUGCCGCCACUGAGAAGGCCCUCUGCCGGGUUCCCUAUAAUUCCCAGAGUUUCCUGGCAAAAAGAUUGAAUUGCUCAGACACUCUUAAGGGGGGCAUGUCCUAGGAACUCCCAGCACCUUUUACAAACUACGGUUCCCAGGAUUCUUUGGACUCUUUAAAGUGGUCUCAUCCUGCUUUGCAGAUGGAGCGCAGAGAGGGGCCUGGGAGUGUGUGUUGUGUUUUUGUGUGUGUCUUUUAAUAACUUUUUAUUGGGUUUUAUGAACAGGGAUCAUCAGAAGUAUAAAGGAUAAGAGAAAACAAAAUACUGAAUCUUCUCUGCAUCACAAAAAUAGCAUAAUAAAUGGACAGGAAUAUCUUCAACGCAUGGUUCAUUAUUAUUGGGGUGUCUGAGUUCUCAGUUCAUGAAUUGGUUUAAGCUUAAGCAGAAAAGGGGGAAACAGGACAGAGAAGAGUUAACAGAUAACAUUGAGCAUCUUAUGGCCAAAGGCCUGGCCAGGAGCCCUUGGGUUGUGCUGAGGUCAGGUGUGAAAAAUAGUCAUUUUUCCUCCUAUUGAAAUUGAAAUACUUUAUUGUCACUUGUACAACUUGUAUACAGUGAGAUUACACUAGCACCCCCCACUCAGCUCUCUUAGUUUACUGAAAGUCCGUUGCCCUGUUGUUCUCUUCAUUCAGCAGCCUAACAGCCCACGGACAGAAGCUGUUCUUUACCCUGUUGGCGCGACUAAUCCUGCUUCUAUAUCUUCUGCCUGAGGGCAGGAGAUCAAGAAAGUGCCGGCCAGGGAGUGAAUCAUCCCUGAGGAUUUCCCUCACUCUCCUGAGGCAACGUUCUUCCGCUGUUUCAUCCAGCGGAUUCACGGGACAGCCCAUAAUAUCUUGUGCUGUAUUCACCACCCUCUGUAGGCACUUCCUAUCAGUUGAUGUCAAACCAGCGUCCCACACCGUGAUGCAGUAGGAAAGGACACUUUCUAUUGCAGACCGGUAGAAGGAGACCAUCAAACGUUGAUUGACAUCAUUCUUCCGCAAUACUCUGAGGAGAUGGAGUCUCUGCUGGGCUUUCUUAACUACCUGGGUUGUACUGAUUUUCCCAGUAAGGUCUUCACUGAGAUAAACUCUGAGGAAUUUAAAGGAAGAGACUCUCUCCACACAGCAGGGCUAGUUCUCCUCUCUUCCUCCCAAAGUCCAACACCAUCUCCUUUGUCUUGCUGAUAUUAAGGUGCAAGUUGUUCCCUAGGCACCAUGGAGAUAUUUUUUGGACCUCCCCUCUAGACACUGAUUCGUCUCCACCUGUUAUUAAACCCAUUAUAGUGGUGUCAUCUGCAAACUUAAUAAUUGCAGUAGACGGGUCAGAUGAUACACAAUUAUAUGUAUACAAUGAAUACAGGUAGGGACUUAGCACACAUCCCUAUGUUACCAGUGAAACAGUAUCAAGUAAUUGGUCUAUUGAUGAACGUGGGUUCAAAGUGGAGAUAGUGGUUUCUGUUUAAAUUCAAAUUUAGAUCAACCAGGUGCAGCCCAAUCCUGAAGGGGUGGGGAUAUUCCUGGGGUGGUUUUCCCCCUCCUUUUCAUGAUGCUGUGUGUGUAGCUUAGUGAUGCCAAAACCUGGAAGUGGGGUUGUGGCGGUGGAAAAGGAGGCAGUUCUUCAGCUUCUUGGGGACCUAAGUGAACCCUUGGUGUGAGCACCUCAAAUUGGGCCCCGAAAUGAACAGAACACCAAAAACAGGAAUGAGAUGUGUUUUCAAGGGUUGUUGAGGAGAUUCAAUGAGGAGGGGCAGAGCCAUGGAGGCCACUUUGAGCGCUCUGGAGGAAAAAGAUUGGGGGGGGGGGGGGAAAUGUCAUUAAUAAAGAGAGGGAACCCAGCCGAUAAUGUGGUUGCUCCAUUUUGGACCAGGUUGUGAGUUGUUGUAGCAGAACCCACCGCUAGCCACCGAUAACUCAGCAGACACCCCGCUAACUGCUCCCCAUUAUAUAUAGCAGACCCAUCGCUUGGCAGGCCAAUUACAUGAAUUUCUGCAAUUUCCCACAGGCUACCUUGUGAGGAUCUUGUGUGAGGGAAAACUUAGUGAUUUAGAGUCUUAGGAAAGAGCCAAACGAACAAGAGCAGUUUUAUUUACAAAAGAAGAGGUUCGUGAAACAAAUUUGGGGUCAGGAGAUGCGUUCUUUCAAAUAAAAGUUAGCUUCUUACUUAAACUAAAUAGAAAGAUCUCACUGUAGUACAUGCACAGCUUUUCUUAAACUUCAGUUGCUAAAAGCUCACUUGUUGCACUUCAGUUGGAAGUUCAGGUUUCUACCAUAGGAGGUAAAAGAAUUCACUCGGUUUCUGUUCAUUUACUUAGUUAUGACCAGGGUUACACUUAAAUACUUUUAAUACAACACAGCUUCCUUCUCAGCCUAAUACUUUGGUUCCUGAGCGAGUGGCAUUUUUUGUUCGUCCGCCUCUCUCUUAGCCAUCCCACUCCUGAGGGAUUUCCCACAGACCCAGGGGAUCCUCUCAGGCCUUGUUAUUCAUUGGGGGGUCUCCUUUUCCUGCCUCAGACUCAGCCCUCCAGAUUAAAUCCUGCCUCCAUAUUCUCCCCAGACUCUCCACUGGGUCGUCUUUGUAUCUAAGCUGCUGCGAGGCUCCUUCUCUAGGAUCAGAGCCAGUUCUCCCUCAGACAGAGAUAAUAAUAAUUAUUAUUAUUAUCAAUAAAAUCCCUACCUCCCCUCUUAGAGCAAAGCCAGUUUUCCCUCAGACAGAACCUCUUUGAAUAAUAAUAAUAAUAAUAAAAAAUUCCCCCUCUCCCCUCUCAGAUUAGGCCCUUUCAAACUCUUUCCCUCAGAAAGGGCUCCUUGGAUUUUCCCUCCAAAAGGGCUGGCAGCCAAUCAGAGAGAGAGAGAGAGAAGCUCCCGCCCUCUGGCAGAAUCUCUGAGGCGCUGCCUCCCCCGAGUGUCCCUCACAGUUGCCUUCAAGGGCAGUUGCUCCACACGGAGGGUCUUGCGAUGCCCCAUCUGAUCCCGAGUGGGGACCCCAUGGCCUCGUCCCCUCAGCCCCCAAGGGAUGGUGACUGGCAAAGGAGCUGGAGCUAGAAAUGGGCCCUGCUCCAUCACUGAGGCCACGUGGGAUGUAAGAGAACACCCAGGAAUAUAUGGCUGGGGUGGGGAAUAUGCUAUGUAACGUUAUUAUUAUUAUUAAUAUUGUUAAUGAUUACCUGUGCUUGACCCUAAGUUCCUAGGACAGUAUACACAAUAUUAAGUGCAGUUUAAAACCACUUGCAAUCAGAGAAAGAAGAUUACUCCUAAUUAACUUCGUUUUUAAGUGGUGUCCUUUGACCCCACCCACUUGGCCCUCAGGAAAACAACAACUAUAAUUUUAUUAUUUAUACCUGUCCCUUUGGGGGUACCCCACCACAUUACCAUAUCUUUAGAGUGUUGCAGAUUCCAAGUGCUAGAAAAUGAGAGAGAAGCAGGAAAGAAGUUGUCCCCAAAGUGGGGGUGGGAGGGAGAGCAACUUUUGAGGAUCCCAGGGUUAGGACCCCCACUCUAGAUUAGUAUCCAAAUUACACUCCAUAGUUGAUCGACUCAUAUGUUGAUCACCCUUCUGACUUCGCUCUUUGACUGAAAAUACAGAAAGGCAGGGACAACCAGGCUGCUUCAUCUCACAGAAAUCCCUUUAGUUGCCGGCAUAUUUUGCUUGGUCACUUUCUUUCCUUGAGGGCUGGAGGAUUAUUUAUUUAUUUAUUCAGAUUUUUAAAAAUUACAAACAAUUAUCAAACAACCAACAUAAAAGAAAAUUCCAAAAGAUCUCCUGAACUUCCCUCCUCCCCUUUGUGGGUCCUUAUAUUAUGGUAAUGUUUUCCUCCUGCAUCUUGUCUAUUAAUCCAAAUCUUUUAAAUCUGUUAUACCCGAAAUUCAACAUUAAGUCAGAAGUGUUAUUCUAAUCCUACUAAUAAUUUUAGUUGUUUACAAUGGUUUUUAAGUUAAAUUAUAUAAUUUCCCUUUUCCUUAUUAAAAUUUUGGUCUACCUGGUUUCUGAUUCUUCCUGUCAUUUUUGCCAAUUGGGCAUAGUCCAUCAACUUAAUCCUCCAUUCUUCUCUGGUAUGAAGAAGAAGACUCUGUCUUCUUUCCAUCUCUGGGCUAAUAACAUCCGAGCAGCAGUUGUCACAUACAUAAAUAGUCUUUUCUGAUCUGUUGGAAUUUCAGCACCUAGAAUUCCUAAAAGAAAAGCUUCGAGUUUUCUAGAAAAGGUUAUUUAAAACAUUUCCCCCCCAGUUCAUUAUAUAUCAUCUCCCAGAAUUCUUUUACUACCUUACAUGUGCCUUCUUUUUCCUUUCUUUUCCUGCAUGUAUUUCACCUUAUUUUGUACAUUUUAGCUAGUUUAUUAGGAGUUAAAUACCAAAGAUAUAUCACGUUCAUAAAAUUUUCUUUCAAUGUAUAACAUGCUUCAGAGUCCCUCGCCCAGUGUAUCAUAACUGAUUUAACCUGUUCAUCUUUCGUAUGCUAUUCUAAUAUUAAUAUUUUAAUAUUAAUUUAUACAUUUUUUAAUUUAUACAUUUUGGAGAAGAGUGACUAGUGGGGUGCCACAGGGUUCUGUCUUGGGCCCAGUCUUAUUCAACAUCUUUAUCAACGACUUGGAUGAUGGACUCAAGGGCAUCCUGAUCAAAUUUGCAGAUGACACCAAACUAGGAGGGGUGGCUAACACCCCAGAGGACAGGAUCACACUUCAAAAUGACCUUGACAGAUUAGAGAACUGGGCAAAAACAAACAAGAUGAAUUUUAACGGGGAGAAAUGUAAAGUAUUGCACUUGGGCAGAAAAAAUGAGAGGCACAACUACAAGAUGGGUGACACCUGGCUUGAGAGCAGUACAUGUGAAAAGGAUCUAGGAGUCUUGGUUGACCACAAACUUGACAUGAGCCAACAGUGUGACGCGGCAGCUAAAAAAGCCAAUGCAAUUCUGGGCUGCAUCAAUAGGAGUAUAGCAUCUAGAUCAAGGGAAGUAAUAGUGCCACUGUAUUCUGCUCUGGUCAGACCUCACCUGGAGUACUGUGUCCAGUUCUGGGCACCACAGUUCAAGAAGGACACUGACAAACUGGAACGUGUCCAGAGGAGGGCAACCAAAAUGGUCAGAGGCCUGGAAACGAUGCCUUAUGAGGAACGGCUAAGGGAGCUGGGCAUGUUUAGCCUGGAGAAGAGGAGGUUAAGGGGUGAUACGAUAGCCAUGUUCAAAUAUAUAAAAGGAUGUCACAUAGAGGAGGAGGGAGAAAGGUUGUUUUCUGCUGCUCCAGAGAAGCGGACACGGAGCAAUGGAUCCAAACGACAAGAAAGAAGAUUCCACCUCAACAUUAGGAAGAACUUCCUGACAGUAAGAGCUGUUCGACAGUGGAAUUUGCUGCCAAGGAGUGUGGUGGAGUCUCCUUCUUUGGAGGUCUUUAAGCAGAGGCUUGACAACCAUAUGUCAGGAGUGCUCUGAUGGUGUUUCCUGCUUGGCAGGGGGUUGGACUCGAUGGCCCUUGUGGUCUCUUCCAGCUCUUCUAUGAUUCUAUUCUAUGAUUAUAUGAAAGCAAUUUAGUCUUGUUUUCUAACAGCUCUUUUUCAAAUUUAGAGGUUUUAUUAAGAAAACCUUCUUUUAAUCCAUCUUAAAUAUAUCAUUUAGCUCAUGGUAUUGUAACCAGUCAGUUAAUUCUUCUCUUAUACUCUCAAACCUCUUAAAUCUUAGUUGAUGUCCUACUUCCAUUAACAGUUCUUUGUAAGUUGUCCAGUUAUUUCUCAUACUGAAUUUUUUCAAAGAUAUCGCUUCCUGUGGGGAAAGCCACCAUGGUGUUUUUUGCUCUAACAGAUUUUUAUAUUUUCUCUAUACUUCAUAAACCGAUUUUCUUACUACAUGAUUUAGGAAAGCUGUAUGUACUUUAACAUUCUUGUACCACAAAAAUGCAUGCCAACCUUAUCUAUUGUCAUGAACUUCAAGAUCUAAAAUGAAUUUUUAAAUAAUAUACAUUCCCUUAGCCAGCAUAAACAGGAUGCUUCAUAAUAUAAUCUUAAAUACGGCAGGGAGAAUCCACCUCUAUCUUUAGAAUCUAUCAAAGGAGGGCUUCCUUUGUUAAAGAAAGCUCAGACUCUGGGCUGUGGUGGAAUCCAGCCCUGGUUUCUAGUAAGACUCAUCCAUGCUUGCUCAGGGAAACUUUUUCUUCUCCUGACCGUAUAUCAGUCUUAUAACAAAACAAUGUAUUUGCUUUGUAGGAUUUGCUAGCGCCACUCAUUAGGACAAACAGAACUGGGAAGAAGACCAAUCUUCCGAUCUCUUGGAGGCUUCCUGAGAGCCCAGAUGGAUGAGCUAGACUCAGCUGGCCCUGAAGUGGGAAGAGGCCACGCCAUCGAAACUGAGAGCAGUGGGGGAUUAUGGGAAAUCUCCGUUCAAAAGAUCCUGGGUGAGGAGGACACCCUCCACUCAGAUGUGCGGAGCCAGCGGUUCAGGCAGUUCUGCUACCAGGAGGCCGAAGGACCCCGAGAGAUUUGCAGCCGACUCUACCGCCUUUUCCAUCAGUGGCUGAAGCCAGAAAGGCACACAAAAGCUCAGAUGCUGGACCUGGUGAUCUUGGAGCAGUUCCUGGCUGUCCUUCCACCGGAGAUGGAGAGCUGGGUGAGGGAAUGUGGAGCAGAGACCAGUUCCCAGGCGGUGGCCCUGGCCGAAGGUUUCCUCCUGAGUCAGGCAGAGGAGAGGAAGCAGGCAGAGCAGCAGGUGAGAGAAACUUUCCUCAGGAUACCCUCAAGGGGCUCUGAAUGAUAUGGGAGAUCCUUUUUUUUUUUUUUUUGUCUCUGCCACUCCUUUUCUAAUCUUUCCCCUCAAUCUCUGUUUUGAAACCGUGUUGCUAUAUCAGAGAACGGUGAUCUUUGCAGAAAUUGACCCUGAUUCCUCUGAAGCAGAGAGGACUGCAUUGGACACCAGAGAGACACCCCUGGGUAAGAUGGAGUUUUUUCUCCGUUUGGUCACAUUCUUUGCAAUCUGUGGAUUCUUUUCAUGUUUUUGAGGAUACUUGGGGUCAAGAGCCUAAAGGAGGGGAUAUGUAUUUUUGCACAACAAAUACGAAAUGGGUACCAACAUCAAAAUGCACUCAGCUGGUGGCACUUUUUUGAAGGCCCAUCUGUAGUUAGAGAUGUGCUGCUUCACCUCUGAGAGCACACACCCGUGGCUUCCUACUUACCUUUAUCUCUCUCAGGUGACAGAAGAAUGCUGGCAAGAUCUGCUUAUCCAUCUUUUCAUGGUGGCAAAGGAGUAGUAGCCGCUGUGGAACCAGAUCAGGUAGGAAGAAGGAGCACUGUGGGGAAAGAGACUGAGGGGCAGGGCAGCCAGGGUGCCUCUGGGCCAGGAUAAACCUCUCUCCACUUGGCUUCUGUCAGAGUUGCCAUUAACAAAGGCUGAACAUGCCAUUCAAGGUGGUUUAUGUGCUAAGAAUAAUGAACAGCUGCCUCACCUUAAUUUGCCUUCUGAGUGCUUGUAGAAGCAUUUACCACUGGUUGCAAUUUUAUUUAUAUAUUGAUUGUUGAAUGUGAAACCUUACAAAACAGUUGCCAGGAGUCACCUAAGCAGCCUCAUCAGUUGCACAAUGGGGCUGCCUCCCUCUCCUCCUGCUCUCUGCGCCCCCAUGCGCCCCUUGAAGCUUUAGGAGGGUCCCCACCACAGAACUGCACAUGGGGAGAGAAGAGAGAGAAAUGCUUGCAGAGACAAAAUGUUUUGUAGAACACAGUGUGACGUUCCAUCCAUUUAAAAAUAGAUUAAUAGCCAUCAUUAAAAUACAAAGUAAUAGAAUUACAUUAAGACAUUAAAAGAAGCAUCCAUAACUAAAACAUGCAGCAAAAAUAAAUAAAAAUCCAUUAAAACAACACAGCAAUGAACAGGCAGAAAAGAAGAAAGACAUUUGUAGUGGAUAAUUGUUAUGCUAUCUUAGAAGGUAAACUUUCUUUUUCUUUUAGGGCCCAGUGUGCUUUGAAGAUGUAGCUGUUCAUUUCACAGACGAUGAAUGGGCAUUGCUGCAUCCUGACCAGAGAGCUCUGCAUGAGGAAGUCAUGGGGGAGAAUCGUGAGAUCAUGGACUCGCUUGGUAAGGCUCCCUGUUGCAUCACAAUAUCUGUUUUGAAAAUCAAUACAUACCUCUAUGUGAUGAACCUCCUAUAUUUUGAUGGGGCUCAAUAGUGCACCAACAGCAUCUGGGACAGCUCACCUUGAAUGCACAGCUAUCUACUGUUUAGUCUGCAAAUCUUAUUCUCCAAGUUAUGCCUUUUUAAACAAUAAUCAGGUUGGCCUUAAAUGCCUGACCCUUUUUAUAGGCUUCAGAAUUAUAAGGGAAGUCGAAGUAGCUCCCUGGCAGGUUUUUUUUGUUUUUGCUUGUGUCGGCUUUUGGUUGAUCAAAGAUUCCAUGAUGUAGCCAAACAAAAUCCAUCCUAGAAAAGAACCAGGGUAUUUGAAUCUCAGGUUCCCAUAAAUAUCCCUGUUAGUGCCAGUAAACUAAGGCAGUGAACCCUGUAGUAAGACCUCACAUAUAACUCCCUUCUGUACUUAAUCUAUCACAUGUGUUUAUGAGCAAUGUUCAAUAAUUUGGGGCUCCAUCUCUUGCCGAGGCUCUAAUCCAUUUCUCUCCUUGUAACAGGUAAUGAUGAUUUGGAAAUUAAGAACGAGGGAUACCACGACAUCAUCCAUACAGUGGAAAAGACAUAUCAAUAUUCAGAGUUUGGACAGAGCUACAGUCAGAGUUCCCAUUCCACUUCCCAUCAAAUAAAUUCCCAUCAAAUAAAUCCCAUUUGGAAGAAACUGUAUCAGUGCUUGGAAUGUGGAAAGAACUUCACUUGGAAGAAAAGUCUCACGUCUCAUCAAAUAAUUCAUACAGGGGAGAAACUAUAUUACUGCUUGGAAUGUGGAAAGACCUUCAGUGAGAGGGGCAAGCUCACGGCACAUCAAAGAAUUCAUACAACAGAGAAACCAUAUCAGUGUUUGGAAUGUGGAAAAAGCUUUAGUGAGAGGGCCAAUCUCAUUUCCCAUCAAAGAAUUCAUACAGGGGAGAGACCAUAUCAGUGUUUGGAAUGUGGGAAGAGCUUCAGUCAGAGCACUCAUCUCACUUGCCAUCAAAGAAUCCACACUGGGGAGAAGCCCUAUCAGUGCUUGGAAUGUGGAAAAAGCUUCACCUGGAAGAAAAGUCUCACUUCCCAUCAAAGUAUUCAUACAGGGGAGAAGCCAUAUCCGUGCUUGGAAUGUGGAAAAAGCUUCAGUGAGAUGGGCAAGCUCACGGCCCAUCGAAGAAUUCACAAUGGGGAAAAAGCAUAUCAGUGCUUGGAAUGUGGAAAGAGCUUCAAUAAAAGUGCCAAUCUCACAUCCCAUCAAAGAAUUCAUACAGGGGAGAAACCAUAUCAGUGCUUGGACUGUGGAAAGCGGUUCAGUCAGAGUGCCAAUCUCACAACCCAUGAAAGAAUUCAUACAGGGGAAAAACCCUACAAGUGCUUGGAAUGUGGAAAAAACUUCAGAGAGAGGGGCAAUCUCACGUCCCAUCAAAGAAUUCACAGUGGGGAGAAACCAUAUCAAUGCUUGGAGUGUGGAAAGAGUUUCAGUAAGAGUGCCUAUCUCACGUCCCAUCAAAGAAUUCAUACAGGGGAGAAACCCUACCAGUGCCUGGAAUGUGGAAAGUGCUUCACCUGGAAAGAAAGUCUCACUUCCCAUGAAAUGAUCCAUACAGGGGAGAAACCCUAUCAGUGUUUGGAAUGUGGAAAGAGCUUCAAUAAGAGCACCUAUCUCACAUCCCAUCAAAUAAUUCAUACGGGGGAGAAGCCAUAUCAGUGCUUGGAAUGUGGAAAGACCUUCAGUCGGAGCACCAAUCUCACGGCUCAUCAAAGAAUUCAUACAGGGGAGAAACCAUAUCACUGCAUGGAAUGUGGAAAGAGCUUUACCUGGAAAGAAAGUCUCAUUUCCCAUCAAAUAAUUCAUAAAGGCGAGAAACCAUUUCAGUGUAUGGAAUGUGGAAAGAGUUUCAGUGAGAGUGCCCAUCUCACCGCCCAUCAAAUAACUCAUACAAGGGAGAAACCCUAUCAGUGCAUGGAAUGUGGAAAGAGCUUCUGUAAGAGGGCCAAUCUUACUUCCCAUCAGAGAAUCCACACUGGGGAGAAACCCUAUCAGUGCUUGGAAUGUGGAAAGAGGUUUAAUACAAGCACAAACUUCCGUCGACAUCAAAGUAUUCACCGUGGGGAGAAACCAUAUCAAUGCUUGGAAUGUGGAAAGAGCUUCAGCCAGAGCACCCAUCUCACUUCCCAUCAUAGAACUCACAGAAGAGAGGAACAAUAUCAUUUCUCAUAAUGUUGAAAGAGCUUCAGUCAGAACAUCAAUCUCAUGACCAAUAAAAUAAUUCAUACAGGGGAGAAACCAUAUCAAUGCUUCUAAUGUGCUAAGAACUUCAGUCAGAGAAUACAUCAUACUUCCCAUGAAAUAUCUUCCAGAGGAGAGAAUCAUAAAAUUGUAGCGAUCGAUCGACCCUGAAGUUCAUUUACCCCAAUCCCCUCAAGGCUGGAAUCUCAGCUAAAGUAUCUCAGACAGAUGGCCACGCAAUCCUUCUGUGGGAAUUCCCUUCCAUUGUUGAAUAGCUAUUAUGGUAUUGUCUAAUUUCUUGUCUGAUGUUUAGUUGGAAUCUCCUUUAUUGUUACUUUAAUCCAUGUCUUCAGGUCCUGCUCCUGGAACAAGAGAACACAAGUUUUCUCCAUCUUUCAUGGGACAGCCCUUUUGAUCUUAGAAGAUGGCUAUCGUAUCUCUCUCGGGCUCCAUUUGUAUGUAAAGUUGUAUGCACCUGUAUCAAAGUAAUUCAUAAUUAUAAGUAUAGUAUAAUAGUAGAUGUAAGGUACUGUUAGCUAGGGAGGUGGGGCAGAGUGAGUUUGGGAUGCUGGGGUGAGAGGUGAUUGGCCGAGUUUCAAAGGAGGUUUGAAUAAAUACAGUAACCAAAAAGUAGUCAUAAACAAUGAAUGAAACAUUAAAAAUAUACAAUCAAGCUGAACAAUUUCCACAAUAAUUUCAACAAGAUCUUAAAUAAGUAUACAAGAGGAAAAAAUGUAACAGCAAUAGCCUCCCCACCCCGAAAUCCCUACGCCCCAGAGCCUGUUCAGCAGGCUCAGCCUUUGCAGCUGGAGUCAGUCCAUCAGUCUGGGACCUCCCAGGCCAGGUGGAAAAAGGCCUGUAAGGCUGAGAGCAAGUCUUCUGGAGAUGGCCAAGAUGGUCUCUGGCCUCAUCAGUAGAGACGGUUGGAGGGUGAGAGUGGUUGUUGUUGUGAAGCAGCCUUGGUUAAAUUAGGAAGAGUAGCAGAGGAGAAAGGGCAGGUGUUUGGUGAAAGACCCAGCUCACAGCUGUGCACCUUUUACCAAUGUUGAUUUCAAGGCUUUAUUUUAGCGUUUCUUGUCAUGGGCCCAGUCCUGUGGAACAUCCUGCCACGAGAGAUUCAGUAGGUUCCCGCUGUGCCAACUUUUAACUGCCUGCUAUUUUUGCUUCUAUUCCAUUAAGAGUACGUACACCCCUUCAGGGGUCUAUUGAUGCUUGUUUUUAAAUUUUAUUUUUCCUGUUAACUUGUUUUUAAUUAACUUGCUUUUAAUUUUAAUUUUUAUGAUAUUAAUUGGUUUUAUGUUCUUAUAUUGCUCCAAACUGCUGUAGUAUAUUUUGAUGAUACAGCUGUCUAUAAAUACUUAAAUGAACAAUCCUGUAAGGUAGUUUAGGCUGAGAGACAGUGACUGGCUGGCCCUGAGCUUGGUAGCUGAGCAAUACUCUCUCUUACCUCCCAGUCCUCUUAAUAUGACCUGUAAUCCCAUCACCUUUAAACUAAAUGAAUAAAUAGAAAUGAUGGCUUUUGCUGCAAAGUGGACAGUUAGUUGCAAGGGUAACUUUUUGCAUUGUCCACCGUCACAUAUGAAAACCAGACAAGAAUACAGUCUUCCAAAUAAUGAAAUCAAAAUAAAGUCUUUCAGAAGUUCGUGAAAAGAUGGCGCCUUGCCCCAAAAAGUGUCCAUGAUGUCUGGUUCUGCAGCUUCCAGAGAGGAACCUGGCACAGUCCGUGUGCUCCUGGGCUAGGGCACCCACCUUCUAACCUGGAAUUAAACAACUGGUCACAGAAAUCAUAUCACACCCUUUAACCUGCUUAGCUAUUGGCUGUCCUGUUCCUUAGGUCAAGAAAUCUGAAGCUGCGGAACCUUGAGACUUUGUACACACCUUUCAUUUAAAGCACAUUUCCCCUGGCACACACAACCCACACCUGAAUUUAUUUUGAAUUGUUGGGUUUUUUUUUAAAAAAAAACACAUGUUCCUUUAGUGCAUUGUGACUUUUUGGGGUUUCUAUAUAGAUGGAUAGACUACAGAUACUUCAGUGUCAAAGCAGAGUAUCUUAAGAUUUAAUGUUACAGUAGAAAUGUUCCAUUUCAUAUACGGUAAAGUAUCAUAAAAUUUGUUUGCCUAGUGAAUUCAUGGGAGGGGGAAUCAUUUGUACUAUUCUAUGAAUCUGUUUGCAUGGGUUUAAUGUUGUUUGGAGACAAUAACUCUCAGUAAUUUCAUAUUAUCUAUGUGUUUGUCGUGUGUUCAGCACACGUAAUUGCAGAUGAGACUAAAUAAAAUGCUUCCUAGGAAAA